AAAAAAAAAAAAAGAAAAGAAAGGAGACAUCGAGUGAGCGAGAGAGAGAGAGGUCAAGUCGAUCAGAAAUUUCGAUCAGAAAAUCCCCCACAUUUCGUGAGUGAUCUUCUCUCCCAGCAUCUCUCUCUCCUCCACCACCUCCACCACACACACGCUGUGUGUCUGUGUCUGUGUGUGCUAUUUGCUCGCUUAACCCGAAAAUAAUACUCUGGCAAAUUACAGUUGUGUUGUUCGAAAGGUUUUCUUGGGGCGCAUGCAGCUGUAAAGAAAGUGCAUCAAGCUGAUAUUAUCUGGGAACGUGUUUAAAAUUUAUAACAGCAACAAAGCAGAGAGAGAGGGAGACGGAGCGAUUCCAGAUCCCAUCCAUAAGAUCCAAAAUCCGUCAAGAACGUAUCAUUACAUCAUAAAGCUGCCAUAGGAACGGGCAGUAGCCACAACAAAUCGAUAAGAUCGUUACAACAGUCGCGAGUCGGCAGCAGCGGCACUCAACAACAGCAGAAGCAGAUACCAUUCCAGAACGUUACGUACUGCUUGACUGUGCAGCGUCAUUUGAGACGUCACAUACGCAUACAAGCAGUAGGAAAGCAGUGUGCAAGCAGAGCAGAGUCUAAUAACGGUCCAAUCAUAGGGCUAGAAGUGGUCGGUGCCUGCAGAGAGUGCGAGCGGGACACAACAAUGAUUACCUAGCGGGGUCCGGGCCGGAGACCCAAGUUAACAUAUUGUUAAGGGGAUUAAACAACAAUACUUCAACAACACCAAUACACCACAACAACAACACCAACACCAACGAAAGAUGUUCAAUAUCCAAGAGAAGACGACGUCAACAGCGACGCUGACGUCAGCGUGGGAAAUAGAGGAAGAUCGGUUGAGGUUCGGAGAAAGGCUCUUCAAAUAUAAUUACAUUUAUAGUGAUUAUUAUUAUAGUGCAUUCUGCAAUAAUUCUGCAAUAAAAACAACAAAUGAGGUAUUAGCUACAACAGCAAAAACAACAACAAUCGGCGAAGCAGCAACAACAACAACAGCGGCAACAAACACAUCAACAUUGUCGCCCAGCAACAUUUGUGUCUUGUGUCGGCAGCAAAUAACUGAGGAUACAUGUGGCUGCUGCCUGACGGCAGUGGAGGCAGCAUCACCUAAAUUGCCAACACCAACAACAGUAAUAGAAAAAGAUGUGAAAAUUUCCAUGGCCCCAGGAUGUGAAAUUAUAGUAAAAUUCGUGAGACGUGUGUUCAAGUGGGAAGAGUAUUUCGGGAAUGAUCGGAAAUUUGAAUGCAACAGAAACGGCGAUGAUGAUGAUAAUGAAGAUAAUGAUUAUAGAGACAACACAAAGAACAAUCGACGGCUAAGGCAGGAGCACUUCAGUAUCUAUGACAAUUGCCACAACAUACUGAGAACGCUGCAAUCACUGCUGCUGCUCAUGCAGAAUAGUGCCAUAUUCACAAAGCGACGCAGAAGGCAGCAGCGGGAGCAGGGGAGCAGGGAGCAGCGGGAGCAGGACAAGGAGCCACAAAACCAACUAAAACAAAAUUAUUUAAAUUAUACACAAUUCCUAUUGCUGUUAGAGACAAUAUCAGCAGCAACCACAACAAGACUGAGUUUAAGCCGUAGCAAAUACAACAAACAUAAUUCUAUACAUAAUCAACAACAACAACAACAACAACUAGGAAGUAAACGUGCCACAUCACAAGUUCAACAAGAGAAGCAGCAACAGCAACAGCAACAGCGUCAACGCUUUCAUCACAAACACCAACAUCAUCAUCAUUAUCAUCAUCAUCAUCAUAAUGGAAGUCGAAGUCGAAGUCUGGCUUGGAUACUGAUCACUGGUCUGCUGACCAUGCACGCCACCAUCGCCAUGCAACUGCUGCCAGAUGAGAUCUACCAGGAACAACCCCAUGAACAUUUGCAACAGGAGCGGCAUCAGCAUCCGCAUCCGCCGGACGAUAUAUCCGAGAGAAUUGAGCUGCGAUUGCGUCGGGCCAGCAGCAGUAGCAGCAGCAGCGGCAGGCCCAGCGAUCAAAUACGAUUGUCGCACAACGAAAGAACCUGCAAGUCAAUGGACAUACGAAACACGGCGAGGGAGUUCAGUCAGCUGUCCAAUUGCACCAUCAUUGAGGGCUUCCUGCUGAUCACGCUGAUCAACGAUGCCGAUCACCUGAACGAGUCGUAUCCGCAGCUGACGGAGGUCACCGAGUAUGUGCUCGUGUACCGGGUGAACAAUCUGGUGUCGCUGUCGAAGGUGUUCCCCAACCUGAGCGUAAUACGCGGCAACAUACUGUUCGAUGGGUAUGCGCUGGUGGUCUACUCGAACCGCGAUCUGCAGGACCUGGGGCUGUCCAAGCUGCGGGCCAUUGCCAAUGGGGGUGUGCGGAUCGAGAAGAAUCCGUCGCUGUGCUUUGUGCACACCGUCAACUGGCUGCACAUCAUGGCCGAGAACGCCACCAAGUCGGAGGUGGUGCUGCAGACCAAUCGCAAUGAGGCCACCUGCCCCAAGUGCCCAGGCGAGAUCAAGGGCGGCGAUGUACUGGACAUGAAUGGUGCGAACGGUGGCGAGCCCAGCGUCAGCUGCAAGGAGUAUGCGGAUCACAAGCGCUACUGCUGGGACACCAAGUCGUGUCAGACAAUAUGCCCCAAGGAGUGCCGCAACAACUGCAUCGAUGAGAAAACGUGCUGCAACAAGGCCUGUCUGGGCGGCUGCAUCAGGGACAACAAUGGCCACAAUGACUGCAUCAGCUGUCGCUACCUAUCGAUCCACAAUACCACGUGUGUGGAUACCUGCCCACAGGGUUUCUAUCGGUAUGAUAGACGCUGCAUCACGGCCGAAAUGUGCGAGCAGAUUGGCACAAAAUACGAGACGAAGGAGAUGCCUCUGGCCCAUUACAAUGGUCAGUGCACGACCCGCUGCCCCAAGGGCUAUCAAAUGGAGAACAGCACCUGUGUCAAGUGUCAGGGACAGUGCGAGAAGACCUGCGAGGGCGAACUGAUUGACAGUCUGGUGCGGGCGAGGGACUUCCAUGGCUGCACCAAAAUCGGACCAAAUAACGGCCUCACCAUCAGCAUUAAGCGCGAGGGAAGAUCCCACAUUAUGGAGGCCCUGGAGUUUGGACUGGCAUCGGUGCACACGAUUGAGACCUACCUGAAGGUACAUCUCACCUAUGGCCUCACCUCGUUGCGGUUCUUCAAGGCGCUGCGCGAGAUACGUGGCGCACCCAUGCUGGAGAAUCUGUACGCCCUGUAUGUGCUGGAGAACAACGACCUGGAGGAGAUUUGGGCGCCCAAUCAGACCGUGUACAUACGGAACGGUGGCGUCUUCUUUCACUUUAAUCGAAAGCUGUGCGUGUCGACGAUCAACGAACUGCGACCGAUGAUGGCCUCCAAGCCGGAGUCGUUUAACAAGAGCGAAGUGGCCACCGACUCGAAUGGCAAUCGAGGAUCAUGUGGCACGGCCAAGAUACUGGUCACAGUGGAGGGUACAAGGCCACGCACGGCCUUUGUGAAGGUGGAUCCGAAGUCGGUGAUCCUGGGCGAUCCGGUGGGCUCGAACAAGACGAUAAGCAAUACAUCGAUAUUUUUCAAGGAUCCGCGCGCAUUUAUUGGCUUUCAGUUCUAUCACAUGAUCGAUCCGUAUGGCAAUGCCACAAAGAGCAGCUACCAGCCAUGCGAUGAUAGAUGGACCGUCAGUGAUCCGAUUAAGGUGUUUGGCCACAUCUUCACCGAUCUGAUUCCCUACACGCAGUAUGCGUUCUAUGUGCGGACGAUGGCCAUCUCCUCGGAGUCGACCAAUGGACAGAGCGAUGUCAUGUACUUUCGCACGAUGCCCGCACAGCCUUCAAUGGUGCCGGCCAUCACGGCCACUUCGGUUUCCAGUUCGGAAAUUCAAGUCACCUGGAAUCCCCCAAGGUAUCCGUACAGCAAGCUGACGCGUUACUUCGUGAAAGCAGAGCUCACCAUACGGACAGCGAAGGAUACGCCACAACGGAACUACUGCGUGGAUCCCAUUGCCAAGGCCGUGGACAAUGAGGUGAUGGUGGCCCCAACGCCGGCGGAGAAGACUCCCGAUCCCCUGACACGCGAAGCGGAUUGCAAAUGCGAGGAGGGUAGCAGAAAGACCACCGAUCGCGACCAAGACGAUCGCCGGAUACACGCCCAGAUGGAGUUCGAGAAUGCUUUGCAGAACUUUAUCUACGUGCCGUCGCCCAAGAAGGCGCAGGGCAAGGCAGGUGCAGGUGCUGCGGCAGGCGCAGGCGCAGUUGUGGGCCUGCUACCCUCCGCCAACAGCAUCGACGAUGGCAGUGGCCCAGGGAAUGCCAUCAGACGGCGACGGGACAUUGAUUUUGAGUCUGGCUUCGAGCGGUUGGGCGGCAGCUUUCUGCUGCGGCAUGUGCGCGCCCUCAAGGACGAGCCCCUGAACAUAUCGCAGCCGAGCAUUGUGGAUCCCGAGGCGUGGGUGAACGAGACACGAAUGUCGGCACUCGGCGACUACUACGAGGUGCUGGGUGCCCAGGUGUUGGCCAACACGACCUCGUUCUCGUUCAAGCGGCUCAGGCAUUUCACUCUCUACACCAUCUUUGUGGUGGCAUGUCGCGAGCGAGCGGGUCCCAACGACAAGGAGUCCAUUUGCAGUUCCAUGAAUCCCAUCUACAAGCUGACCAACAGGAAGGAGGAUGCCGACAUGGCACGAAACUUGACUGUGGCCCGGGAGAACGCGAAUAAUACUCAAUCUUCGGUGCGAUUGCGUUGGCUGCCGCCCAGCGAUCCCAAUGGCGACAUUGUCGCCUACGAGCUGGCCUACCGCCUGCAGAAGCCCGACCAGGCGGAGGAGAAGAAGUGCAUCCUAGUGGCGGAUUUCCUUAACCUCACCGAUGGCUAUCCGCUGCAUCUAAACGAGGGCAACUACAGCUUUCGGGUGCGUGCCAACUCCUUGGCCGGGCAGGGCAUCUACUCGGACUUUGUCUUCAUCUAUGUUCAGCCGCGACCAAACUAUAUGAUGUACUUAAUCUGGAUCUUGGGCGGCAUCUGUUUAAUGGUGAUUGCCUGUCUGAUGAUCUAUGUGCGGAUUUUGCGCAUGAAGGGACGGCCGAACGAUCUGCACAUGAACACGGACGUGAAUCCGUUCUAUGCGAGCAUGCAGUACAUACCGGACGACUGGGAGGUGCUGCGCGAGAAUAUCAUCCAGCUGUCGCCGCUCGGCCAGGGCUCCUUUGGCAUGGUGUACGAGGGCAUACUGAAGUCGCUGACCGGCGGCGUCGACAUGGAGUGCGCCAUCAAGACGGUCAACGAGAAUGCCACCGACAGGGAGCGCACGAAUUUCCUCAGCGAGGCCAGUGUCAUGAAGGAGUUCGACACGUUCCAUGUGGUCCGACUGCUGGGCGUCUGCUCGCGUGGACAGCCCGCCCUGGUCGUCAUGGAGCUGAUGAAGAAGGGCGAUCUCAAGUCCUACCUGCGCGCCCAUCGACCCGAGGAGCGGGACGAAGCCAUGCAGGCGUACCUGAAUCGCAUUGGCGUCACGGGGAAUGUACAUCCGCCCACCUACGCGCGCAUCUAUCAGAUGGCCAUCGAGAUAGCCGACGGCAUGGCCUACCUGGCGGCCAAGAAGUUUGUCCAUCGCGAUCUGGCGGCACGCAACUGCAUGGUCGCCGAGGAUCUGACCGUGAAGAUCGGCGACUUUGGCAUGACGCGCGACGUUUACGAGACGGACUACUAUCGCAAGGGCACGAAGGGGCUGCUGCCCGUGCGCUGGAUGCCGCCGGAGAGCUUGCGCGAUGGCGUCUAUUCCAGCUCCAGCGACGUCUUCAGCUUCGGCGUGGUGCUCUGGGAGAUGGCCACGCUGGCGGCACAGCCCUACCAGGGCCUGUCCAAUGAGCAGGUGCUGCGGUACGUCAUCGAUGGUGGCAUUAUGGAGCGACCGGAGAACUGCCCCGAUGUGCUGCACAAACUGAUGCACCGCUGCUGGCACCAUCGGCCGUCGGCGAGGCCCAGUUUCCUGGACAUCAUUGCGUACCUGGAGCAGCAGUGCCCCGACUCGGAGUUCAAGGACGUUUCCUUCUACCACUCGGAGGCGGGACUGGUGCACCGCGAAAAGGAGCGCAAGGAGCGGAGCCAGAAUGAUGCGUUUGCGGCUGUGCCACUCGACCAGGACCAGGAGGAUGCCACCACGCCGCUAAGGGUGGGCGACUAUCAGGGCUACAAGUCCAACAUGGACCACAACUCGUCGCUCGACCAGCCCGCAGAGAGUCCCAUUGCCUUGGUGGACGAUCAUGCCACGCAUUCGCCCUUCAGCCUGCAGUCUGGGUUCAUUGUGAGCAGCACACCCGAUGCCCAGUCCACGAUGCCCACGGCGGGCGCCUCGCACGGCGACGAUGCGUCUGCCUAUGUGCAGCCGGAUGCCGAGGCCUUGGCCGCCGAUCGGGGCUAUGAAAUCUACGAUCCGAGUCCAAACUUUGCAGAGCUGCCCACGAGCCGAAGCGGCAGCACGGGCGGAGGCGGUGGCGGCAAGCUCAGCGGGGAGCAGCAUUUACUGCCGCGAAAGUCCCGCCAGCCCAUCAUCAUGAGCAGCUCCAUGCCCGACGAUGUGAUUGGCAUUGGGGGAGGCGGCUCCUCGCUGCAGCCAUCAACGGCCUCGGCGGCCAGCUCCAAUGCCAGCUCCCACACGGGAACAAGCGGCGGCGGUGGCGGCCGUUAUCCCAGCCUCAAGCGCGUCGUGGCCGAUACGCUGCGCAACCGAGCCAACAUCUUCAAUCGUCAUCUGUUCAACCACAAGCGCAGCGGCAGCAAUGCCAGCUACAAGAGCAGCGCCUCGAAUGCACCCAGCACCAGCAGCAACUCGAACCUCACCAGCCACCCGGUGGCCAUGGGCAAUCUGGGCACCAUCGAGAGCGGCGGCAGUGGCUCUGCGGGCAGUUACACGGGCACACCGCGCUUCUACACGCCCACAGCGACGCCCAGCGGAGGAGCCUCGACCAUUAUCAGCGAUAAUCCCAACUACAGGCAGCUGGACGAGUCGAUAACGAGUGGUGGCACGACGAGGUCGCCGGGUAACUCGUGGAGCCAGCGAACGGACAGCGAACAGGCCACAAUACUGACCACCAGCAGUCCGAAUCCCAACUACGAGAUGAUGCAUCCACCACCGGGGCAGGGUCCGGGUCCGGGACAGAGUCAGAGUCAAAGUCAGGGAAACUCCAACUCGAAUGCGGGGGCAAAUGACAAUCCCAACUAUGUAAUGAUGAGCGAGCCAGAGCUGGUCAUAAGCAGCAAUCCGAGCUACGCUUUCAUGAAUGCACCGCAGGCCCGUCUGAGCAGCUCCGACGAGGACAAUGACCUGGAGGAGGACGAUGCCGAGGAGGAUGAGGACGAGGACUUGGAUGUGGAGCACAUCAAAAUGGAGCGCAUGCCGCUGAGUAGGCCCAGGCAGCGGGCACCCCGAAAUCCGCAACGCAGUCGAAGCGUCAGCCAAACGCGUAAAUCUCCCACUGCAGCGGCAACCGCUGCGGCUGCAGCGGCGGCGGCCAGUAAUGUAUCGAAUUUGCUGAAGGAGAACUGGCUGAGGCAGGGGAGCAGUUCGACGCGGCCACCGCCACCCAAUGGGUUCAUAGGACGUGAAGCGUAGUCCAAGCAGAAAGGAGAGUGUAAAUAGAGUGGGGAAUGAGGAUGGAUGGAUGGACGGAAGGGAACUGUAAAUUAGCUUCGAUUAACAAUUAGGAUUAAGGCCAAAGCAGACAGACGUUUGUCCUCCUCCAACGUCAGACCCCCACACACAUACAUCUAUGUAUAAAUUGUAAUCAUUUUCGGAUUAAGCCUAUUUAUGUUAACGUAUUCGUUUAGUAUUUACACACGAUAGUUUUUGUUUUGUUUAAAUCAAUGAAACUAUAGCCGUUACAAUACAGAAACUGAAACAGAAACAAAAACAAAAAACAAAAACAAAACAGACAAACAAACAGAUAGAAAAGCGAAAGCGAAGCAAAAACAAGUCCUACAUGCAAAUAACAAAAGUACAAAAGCCAACAACCAACCAACCUAAGUACCGUUUAAAUAGACAUACAAAUUCUACCAAUUACCAAUUAUAAAUUAUUGAAUUAUGAACCACUACCUACUACAUACAUACAUAAAUACUACUUAUACAUUUACAUAUACAUUAAUUAUGUAUAUUUAAUAAUUAUCAUGAUAAUUUUUAGUACCUACCAAAACGCGUUCAAUCGAAAAUGCAGAAAAUAGCAGAGGAAACAAAACAAAAAUAUGGAAAAAUGUACAAGCAGAAACAAGAGACCGGAAACCGGAAACCGGAAACGGACACCGGACACCGGAAACAGAAACUACACAAGAAACAAGCAAUACAAAAUACAAAACUACUGUCUUCACUGAGUUUAGCUAGAGCUAGUUAUAAUUGUACACCCAGAGAUCCAAACCGAUCUGCAGAUUUAUGUACCAUAUAUCUCUGUAGAACUUCCCCCCAACCCCUCCCCCACACCACACACACACACACACUAAAUCUAAAUGUACUCAACUAAUUUUACUGCAUGCAAGAAAAUGUUUUUAGUGCGUUUUUUAUAUUUAAAAUUUAGUGCUUGGAUUUUUAAAUUUAUAUUUAUAUUUAUACUGACACUGAUCGAUUCUAUAUUUUUUUUCUCUUUGUUUUACCAAGUGUUGCUUGAUUGUUUCUUAUAUAUUUCUCUGAUUCUUCUCCCUUUUUACAUUUCAUAAUUGUAAUAUUUAUUGUCGUCUGUACAUAGAAUUUUGUAAAUUUUUGAAUCGAGUUAGAAAGAGAGUGAGUGGGAGAGAGAGAGAGCGAGCGAGCGAGCGAGAGGAUGUGUAUGUGUAAACAUUAAGCGAGAGGCCGUGGCGCAAAGCACUUUUGUUCAAUUUCUUUUAUUUUCUAAAUUAAUUUCUGUUGAAGCCAAGCUUCGGAGAGAUGGCGAAGAGGAGAAUAAGGAAAACCAUAACGUAAUGUAAAAAAAAACAAACUGAGAG